AUGACGUCCCUUCAAUCCGACUUUGGUAGCCACUUUGGCGUCGAGAACAUCCCCUUUGGAAUCGCAUCCUCGGACAAACACACUUCUCCACAAGCAGUCACACGUUUCGAGAACAAUGUCAUCUUCCUUGCGGACCUAGUACAAGCCACCUCUGAUCUACAAAGUCUGCCUGAUGGCAUCUUCUCGCAGUCAACAUUGAAUGCAUUUGCAGCUCUGGGUAGAUCUGCUCAUAGAACUGUUCGCUCUGCGGUUCAACAACUCAUCGAAGAUAGUAAGCUUCCCGAGAGUAGCAUGGAAGAUGUCUCAAAAUGUCAAAUGCACCUUCCAGUGUCGGUAGCAGACUUCACGGACUUCUCGUGUUCUGAGUCUCACAAUCUCAAUGCUGGCCUUGCUGCCAUGGGAAGAAAAGGUCUUCCUCCGUCUUGGGGCUUUAUUCCUCCAGGCUAUGCUGGUAGAUGCUCGAGCAUUAAGAUUUCUGGUACACCUGUCCGACGACCAAUUGGCCAGUUCUGGGAAGACAACAUGGCUGCCAUGAGGGGUGAGAACAAAAAGAUCAUUUACGGGCCUAGUCGUCGAAUGGACUAUGAAAUGGAGCUGUCCGCUGUAAUUGGCAAACCCCUUCCAUACGGCCAGACUGUCACGGCAAACAAUGCCGGAGAGCACAUCUUUGGCUUUGUGAUGUUGAAUGACUGGAGUGCUCGCGACAUACAAAUAUUGGAGAUGAUCCCGCUCGGCCCCUUGAACUCCAAAAAUUCGGGCACAACACUGUCACCCUGGAUUAUCACUUACGACGCUUUGGAGCCGUUCCGUGUCAACGGGCCAGGCUGGAAACAUACUUUGCCUCCCCACAUCGCUGUGGAGAAGGACGAUCGGGGCUUGUCAAUCGACCUAUCUGUCUUUGUUCAAUCUACAGACAACGAUGUGACUCGUGCUUGCGUCGCAAACAGCAAGGUUCUAGCAUGGUCUUUCGAACAGCUUCUGGCACAUCAAGCUAGCGCAGGUUGUGGAUUCCAAGCUGGAGAUCUUCUUGCAUGCGGCACUGUUUCUGAGGACUCGGACGAGGGACGUGGAUGUAUGCUUGAACACAAUCUCCCACCACCAGCUGUUCAACGCGGUUAUCUUGCGGACGGCGUCGUUGUACAGUUCACAGGAAAGUGCAGCGAAGGCGUCGGAUUUGGCGAAUGUCGCGCAGAGUUGUUACCAGCUUUGUCCAUAGAGACAUGGAGUAGUGAGUAG